CUUGCGCAUCAACACUGCGCGCUGUUUGAGCAGCCGGAUAAUCUGCGGUACUGAGUACGUACUGUUUUUACCACGUGGUUGUAAAUCUUUAUAUGUGUGUAUAAUAUGUGCAUUUUAUGAUUUCGACAUAAAUUAAAUUUGCAGCCGACCUCAAAACCAGGUAGAGAGAAAGAUGGAGGAAAAAUACGUGCAUACGCUUAAAUUGUAUAUAAUUGUGUAUAAUCAUUAAUGCAUGCUGGUGCACAUUGUGUUUGACUGUUAUAAAGUUGCUCGGUAACCUUCAGGCGUGAUGGCAACAGUACAAUUUGGAGUGCUACAUUGACAUUCAUUCUCAGCCCUCCAAUGACUCACAUGAAAUGUCUGAAGCUCCAGCUGGGAAUAUCUGAGCGGCUCUUUCAGUUCUAGGUUGUCAUCAAGAGUCCAUGCGGAUGGCCAUGACCUUUGCCAUAAAAAACUGGAGACUCUUAUAUUAGUGUGAACUAUGGAUCUCUCAAGCCACAAGUACUUCACUACAUUUGAUUAUGUGAUAUUUGCAUUGCUGUUGAUGGCGUCUAUGUCCAUCGGGCUGUACUACGCGUUCACCGGAGGACGCCAGAGCACCAUGCAAGAGUUUCUGUUCGCUGACAGGAGUAUGAAGUGCCUGCCUCUCUCUCUGUCUCUUAUGGCCACCUUCCAGUCGGCCGUGGCCAUCAUCGGCACACCAGCUGAGGUCUAUGCUAAUGGUACACAGUACUGGUUCAUUGGCUGUUCUUAUAUUCUGGGUCUCCUGAUUCCAGCACACAUCUUCAUUCCUCUGUUCUACAGACUGCACCUCACAAGUGUUUACCAGUAUUUGGAACUGCGUUUCAGUAAAGCUGUCCGCAUAUGUGGCACUGUAACAUUUAUUUUUCAGAUGGUCAUUUAUAUGGGUGUUGGUAUCUAUACACCUGCUCUUGCACUAAAUGCAGUUACUGGGUUUCAUUUGUGGGGGACAGUACUGGCAACUGGAUUAGUGUGCACUCUUUACACAGCACUGGGUGGACUGAAAGCAGUAAUCUGGACAGAUGUUUUUCAAACAGUGGUGAUGUUCAUCGGUCAGCUGGCCGUCAUCAUUGUGGGCGUACAACAGGCUGGUGGUCUGUCUGAUGUCUGGAUUAAAGUCAGAGAUGGUGGCCGCAUCUCUGGGAUUGACCUCAAUCCAGACCCAUUGGUGAGACACACAUUCUGGACAUUAGGGGUUGGAGGAGUAUUUCUCAUGUUGUCUCUAUAUGGGGUGAACCAGGCACAGGUUCAGAGGUACCUCAGUUCACGUACGGAGAGAGAAGCUGUCUUGUCCUGUUAUAUGGUGUUUCCCUGUCUUCAGGUUGCUUUAAUGCUCAGCUGUGUAAUGGGCCUGGUCAUGUACGCUUGCUAUGGUGACAGCAGCCCUUUAGAUCAGCAGUACAUCACAUCCAAAGACCAGAUGGUCCUGUACUUUGUUAUGGACAUGCUGCAAGACUUACCUGGUCUGCCUGGAUUGUUUGUGGCAUGUUUAUUUAGUGCAUCUCUAAGCACAAUAUCUUCAGCUUUUAAUUCAUUGGCUACGGUGACUAUGGUGGAUCUAAUCAAACCCCAUUACUCAAUGACAGACGCUAGAGCCACUCUACUAUCAAAGAUGCUCGCUUUAUCAUAUGGGAUUAUAUGUCUUGCAAUGGCAUAUGUUGUCCAUUUGAUGAACAGUUCAGUACUUCAGGCAGCUCUCAGUAUCUUUGGAAUGGUGGGCGGGCCACUGCUGGGUCUGUUCUGUCUGGGAAUUUUUUUCCCAUGUGCCAAUAGCAUUGGAGCUGUAACAGGACUCGCUGCAGGUCUGAUCAUGGCAUUCUGGGUUGGCAUUGGUGGCUUUUUGGCUCGGAUGUCAAGUUCUGUCAAAGUUCAUCCACUUAACUCCACCAACACAACACCAGCUGUCUCUGACAACAUCACUAUAACAGCUGUGACAGCCAUUUUUGAAGCUGCCAAUGAGAAAACUAGCACAGCUUUAGGGCUGCAUGGGCUUUAUUCUCUGUCAUACAUGUGGUACAGUGCGCUCAACUCCUUCACUGUGGUACUUAUCGGACUCAUCAUUAGCUUUAUGACAGGCCCAACGAAGGGAAAUGGCGUGGCCUCUGGCACGGUUUAUCCUGUGGUGGGCAACGCACAAUCCCUUUUGCAAAAGCUUCAGAAGCCGAGCUCUUGCUGCAGAUCCCCUCAUGAGAACAAGAUUGAUGGUGGUAAAGAAAUGAACGUCAACGUAAAAGAGGAUACUGAGACACCGGAAGAGAGAGAAACUUUUCUUCCAUUAAAUGCAGUGUCUUAUUUGGAGCAGGAAACAUCAGUGUAAAAAAAAUGCAAUGGAAACAAAAAUGCCAUAACAGUGUUCGGGGUUAACCUGCAAACUAGCACUACUGUAUAUAUUUAGUAAAUUGACGGUAUCAGUACUCAGUACAUCUAAUUACAGAGAUGUAGAUUUCAGUCCAAAUGUAAUUAUUCAGAAUGAACAUUUGUGCCUUGGUGUAAAUUUGAUCAAUAUACUGUCUAUUUCUGUCAUGUUUGUAUUCUUUUGCAUUUGUAGUUAUAUAUAAAACCAAAGAACAUUUUUUACAACACACACCAAAGUGUAAUGCUUGUUAAGCUGAAGGACAAAUCCAAAAGAGAAUAUUAUUGAAAUACAAGUAUGCUUUUCACUUUUGAAUAAAGGAUCUUUUUAAGGUGUGCCUUAUUAGCUAUUGAUGAUAUUUAUUUAAUGUCAUUUGUUGAAACAAUGCUUUCAAGGCUUGUAUCAAUGUGGCUGAGGCCAAAAGAGACAAAAAAUGCUGGCAAAAUGAAUUCCUUUGGGGUUUGAUGAGCCUAUUUAUUGUGCUAUCCUAACUAUGCAUUAUUAUAUUAUUAGUUGCAUUUUAUUAUGCAUUUAGCAUUGGGUUUUUUUCUGCUGUCUGAUGCCCGGUGAGUGCCUGUUGUUGGAGCAAUAACAUAGUUAGAAUAAUGGUGUUUAUUGUAGCAGAUUGGGUUAGAUAAUUUUAGGUAAAGUUUAGGACUCAGAGUUUCAAAGUGUAUUGGUCAUAUGCUCAGUUUAAAUGUAAGUAUAAUACUCUGCAUGGCCAGAUAUUUUGGUAGCAUGUUCUCUAUGUGCUGAGGUUACUGGAGAUUACUGUUUUUAUUCGUAUUUGCUGCAGGAUACCAGACCUUUCCUAUUUAGUUUCGGACAAGUGAUUAAAGAUCUGUACCUUGAGCAUUCUUCCGUUUAUAAUAUUUGUUUUGUAAAUGCAGCUUAUACAGUAAAUAGGCAAAUAUCAUAUCAACAUUUCGGUCUGCUAUUUCUUUGCUAAAUGUCAUUAUACAUAUCUGACUGAAGUGGGUAAAUAUGCUAACAGUGAGCCAAGGUUACAGUAAAUCGCCCAUGUAAUGACAUCACAGAGUAGCCAACUUCAUGCUAAAUGAAACUUCUGCUGAACUUUCUGGUCAAGCAAGGAGGCCUACACCAGGAAGAGCCAAAAAUAGGCAGGGAAGACCAUCUGAAAAUUAUUACGUUUUGUCGUUACAUUUAUUAGUAAUGUUUGCUAAGGCAAGUCUAUUACUAUUGCUUAUACUUAGUGUUAAGGGUAUGUUCAACUUUAGUGCAUAACUCAUCCCAAAACAUUCGUGCUGCAAAUUAACUCUUAAAUGCAAGGUAAAUACAUAUUUGGUUCUUUGGAGACCCGGAACGCAUAUCUAUAACAAAUUGAUCUACAAAAUGCCCAGAUAGUGUCAAAUUUUCAAAAUAUAUUCAAGACAAUUUAAAAAUAAUAGAAAAAAAUAUAUUUUGAUGUUUUAUUUUUCAUAUAUCAAAAAAAAAUGCAGCAAAUCAGGACAAAUCUAGAACAGGAUUCAUUAUUUUCACACUCAGAUUUCAUGAGAUGCAACUGACUGUCAAACACAUACUGAGCAGCACAUAACACAUAAUCUAAUAAUUAUAAUUAUAUAAUUAUAAUUUUCUUUAUUUAUCACACAUUAUACAUUUGCACAUAUACAGUGAAAUUCUUCUUUUUCACAUAUCCCAGCUAGGCUGGGGUCAGAGUGCAGGGUCAGCCAUGAUACGGUGCCCCUGGAGCAGAUAGGGUCAAGGGCCUUGCUCAAGGGCCCAACAGUGGCAUCUUGGCGGUGCUGGGGCUUGAACCCCCGACCUUCUGAUCAGUAACCCAGAGCCUUAACCGCUGAGCUACCACUGCCCUUAAAUAAUCUAUAAAUCUAUAAGCUACACUUAAAUUACACAUAAUUACUUUCAUAAUUUCAGUUGCACACUCAAAUGACAAUAGUCAUUUCAUACUGUUCAUGUGUUACACGUGCU